UUCUUCCUUUCAUUUUUUCUUUCUUUCUAUGUUUGUUAAGUUGGUUGUUAAUCUAUUGAUGAGUUGACUACAUAUAUAUAUAUAUUUAUAUAUAUUGUUGAAACUUAUAUAUAUAUAACAGGCUGCAGAAUAGAGAAAUAAGAUGGAGUCACCUUCCAAGGGAUAUGGAGAUCAUCAUGGAAAUAUUACAGAAGAAUGUCAGAGCAGUGAAUCUGGUUGGACAAUGUACAUUGGUGGUGGUUCAUCCAUGGAUGAUGAUUAUGGAGGAGGAGGUGUUGUGUAUGAUGGUAGUAGUAGGAAAAAUAAAGGGGUAGUUGUAAAAGAUGAAGAUGAUGAAGACACAGAUGAUUCAAUGGCUUCUGAUGCUUCUUCUGGACCAAGUCAUUUACAUUUACAACAACCAUGGGAGCAGGUUGCACAACAAGAUGAUCAUGGGAAACAACAUAAGUCUUCUGGCAAGAAGAGCAAAAAAGCAACAGGGAAGAAGAAAGAUCAAGAAUCAAGAAAGAAAGAUGAAUAUCAUCAAGCUGGUUUGGUGAAUGAAAAAAGAGGGGUGAUUACUACUGUCCAAAGUGGCAAUAGGGCUUGGUUUUUGGGCAAAAGAAAGUAAAAUUUUAUGGUGUUUGUGAAAAGGCGGUGGCGGUGGGUGCUGGUGGUGGUUGCGGUAAGUGUUAAUCACCAGCAAAUAGCUAGGUAAAGCUUUUGAAAUGAAGUUGUUCAUCAUCUAGAUAAUUAAGAAUCAAUUAAUUAAUUAAUACUCUACUUGGAAAUCAUACUGUUAUUUUUUGUGUGUAUGGUUUCUGUAUAUCUAAUGAUCAAAUAUGAUCCCAUCAUAUGUUAA